AUGCGUCAUCCUAAUAAAUUGUGUAAACUAAAACUUAAGGACAUUAAAUUUGUAGAUAAAUUAUGUUGGAUACGCAUAAACUCCUCCAAAACUGAUCGAUUUGCAAAUGAAAAGUUUAUUCCUAUAGAAUAUAUAAAUA